AUGCAUCCUCGAGAAAAAGCCAUUCAGUGCAUAUUGAGCAAGAGAGCACUCGUACCAGUUGAAAUACUGCCAAUUUCUAGUUUCCAUGGCAAAUCUACACAACUCUUCCACGAUGCAGCAAAACCAGAACACCCCAAGAGGCCAGCUGAGAUCCAGGACUUCAUUAAGCGCUUGACCAGCUCCGACACCGAUCCCAAGGAGCUGGACGCCUUGCGAGCAUGGUCCAAAAAGAUGAUCCAAGUCUUUGAAAAAGACCCUAGCAGUGAGUUCGUACAGGAAGCUGUCGAGCUCUCGUCGGCCACUAAGGGCGAAGAUUACGAAGAGCUCCUGAGGGCUUUCGGCAAUGCUAUUAUCAAGGGAACAGCUGACGGAAACAUUCUCGAUUCAACACUACUAAAUGGCUUCGCUCAUGUCAUCCGGAAAGCUCAAGAUAACAUAUCGGCUUCAAGUGCCUCGCUUGGGUCGGUAUUGAGGAGUCUCGAACGUCGAUUAAAGGCGGCUAAAGAUCAGGCUGAGCUUGAAACCCAGUAUCGGCUGAUCUGUACACUGUCUGGUGUCCUAGAUGCCAUGGUGGAUAUUGGGGUCUCCGGUCUUAGCCAAGAAGAGCUGCAUGGACCGUUGCUGAAUCGAUUAGGAGGAGACCUGAGCAAGCAUGAAGAGCUCCGUCUCGCUCAAGCCGCUUCUUAUGCAUACCAGGCCUUGCUUGGUGUACCCAGCGACGAAAGCCCUUAUCGAGCUGUCUUGAUCAAUGCCCUUAAAGUUGGGAAUGGAAUCCUGAAGGUAGCCGGUGCGGUUUGGGCCUUGGAUCCUGGACGACUACCUGAUGCAUUUGAGAACCUGGCAAAUCUGCCGGACCUUAUUAACAGUAUGGUUGAUGUGAUCGGAAAGCUCCAUGAAGUAUGCAGCGGCGCACAAAAUAGAGUUGAGGGGAUGAAACUUCAACCUCGACAGAAAGCUUGGUAUGUCGCUCUUCGGUACACAGGCCCAUUGAUCCGGGCUGGGAAGCUCAAAGAGCUUGAAGAGUACAUCCAGAAAAUUCCCUGCUCUGGUGAUAAGAAGUACCUGUGUGGAUUACUUAUGCAACUUGAAUCUUCCUUAUUGCAAGAUGCCUGGUCCAGAUGUGAAGAAGCCCAGCUGUAUUACGCAGCUACCGCCCUACGAGAACAUUAUUCUGGAUCAAAUCGCCUUCGGAUUCAACGGCUUUCUGGUGAACAGUUACUGAUGGAUCAAUGCUACAUCAAUCUGGCCCUAAUAAAUCGCCCAGACAGAGAAAGCAGGAAGACUAAACCCUCUCCAUUUCCACUCUUUACUUGCCUCAAGGUUGAGACAGUCAAUGAGAGCACACUGGUUUCCUUGCCCUCACUUUUCAGCUCAAAGAAACGUUCUGAUGGAACGUUCAUUACACCAAAGCGGAUCUUUAUUCAAGGACAAGCCGGAGUAGGCAAGACUACUUUGUGCAAGAAAAUUGUCUACGAUUAUAUCUACAACAAUCUGUGGCAGGAGUCAUUUGACUGGCUGCUGUGGGUGCCUCUACGAAGGCUGAAAAGAAAGUCCGGCAUGACGUACAAUCUUGAGAAUCUGUUUUACGAUGAAUACUUUUCUCAACGUCCAGAAGGCAAGGAUCUUGCCCAGGCCCUGUGGAAGGCGAUAGACAAUCCAACUAACAGCGGAAAAAACCUUGAAUUGGAUUCCGACACAGACAUGAAAAGUUUUCUGCAACAGCUUCUAAGGCAGCCUCGAGUCAUUAUUACUUCUCGGUCUUACGGGAUUACCCUGGAUGACUUGAAACCACUCGAUCUGGAAUUAGAGACAGUUGGUUUCCGCCCAAACAAGGUAGAGUCAUAUCUCCAAAAGGUCGUACGUGAUGAAAAACAAGCCAAGGAGAUCUGGUCAUUUAUUCAAAACCACACGCUUAUUCAAGGACUGGUUCGAAUUCCCAUUCAACUAGAUGCACUGUGUUUUAUUUGGAAUGGAAACCUUCUGUCAGAAGAGCAGCCGAGGACAAUGACCACCAUGCUGAAGUUAUGGCAGAAGGAUAUUCUCCGAUUAGAAAAACAACACAACGGAAAGCCCAUGACCGAACACGAUGCACGUACCCUCAGAGAUGUUUUCCAAAUAGAAGAGCUCGUGGAAGAAGAAAUAAACCUUCUUGAAGGUGCUGCUUUUAGUGGCCUGUACAACGAGAUCGUUGAGUUUGACGCGGAAGAUCGGGACCGGAUAUACCAACAACUGAGGCGUCGGGGAAUGAAGCUUCCGCUAGUAUUUGACAACAAAGGGACAGACCAGGGGACAUACCAGGGGACAUACCAGGGGAGAGACCAGGGGCUCUCGUGUUUUACCCUCGGCCGUAGGACUCUGAAGGUCGCUUCGAUGACACCCUGGGAUUUUCUUCAGAAGGAGAAGUAUAAUUCACGCUACGACAUCAUGUGGCGCUUUGUUGCGGGUCUCCUCCAGGCUGGUUGGAGUCAAAUGAAUCCGAGUGAAAAGCCACUGACGCGCUUUCUUCAGGGACUGGAGGCUGAACCACGCGACCUUUUGGGCCCGGCUCAUCAACGGCUUGUCAUGCAUUGCCUCAGUGAACUCAUCCCCUCAAACAGACAGUCGGGUGUAGACCAGCAAGAAAGGAUGGAGGAUCAGUUGUCGCAGUGGCUGUUGUUUGAAUUCGACUUUCUGUCGUUGGGGGUUUACUUUCUCUUCUAUAACAGAAUUUCGGAGCAUCUCUUGAACUCCCUCUUACAAAGAGAAUCGGAGACGGUGAAAAUAAAGGUCUUAGCAGCGCUCGGAACACGACCGAGCGUGACAUCAGAUACCCUAUAUCUGGCGUCCUCCUGCCUGAAAAGUGGUUCCAAAGAUCUGAAAAUAGCAGCAUUUCGGAUGCUAGCGUGUCACCAUGCCAACCUACCAGAGACUAUCCUUAAAGGUCUGGUAUCGCUGUUGGAGGAUGGUGACUUGAAUAUUAGGUCCGAUGCAGCUUCUUCCUUAGCAGAUUUGAAGCUAGCCUUACCACAUGGGAUUAUUAAGGCUCUGAUAUCGCUAUUAAAGAAUGGGGAUUCACAUAUGAGGUGCAAUGCAGCUACUGCCUUAAGCAGGAGUAAAUCAGCUUUGCCAAAUGAUAUUCUUGAAGAAUUGGUACAGCUGUUAAAGAAUGGAGAUUCGGCGACAAGAGCUGCUGCAGCUGCUUCCGUUGGCAUGAACUCGGCAUUACCAGACGAGACUCUGAGGAGCUGUGCAGCUCAUGUCUUGAAGAAUCAACGUACCUUACCAGAUAAGGUCCUUAAAGCAGUGGUCAAACUGCUAGAAGAAGGAGACUCAGGUGUGAAGAAGCAAGCAGCAAGCAUUUUAAGAGGCUAUCAUGGCCAGUCUUCAGUGCCACAUCAGAUUAUUCAGGCACUGGGCUCACUCUUAACGAAUGAAGACUCAGUCACAAGACAUUAUGCAGCAGCUGCCUUAGCCCGAGAAUCACCCUUACCGCAUGAGAUUCUUGAAGCACUAGUUGUGUUGUUAGAGAAAGAAGAUUCAAUGGGGAGGCUUCAAGCAGCUUCUGCCUUAAAAAGGCAAUCGGCUUUACCAGACGAUAUUCUCAAAACAGUGAUCACGCUGUUGGAGAAUGGGGACACUUAA